GAGGAAGAAAUGAGAGCUAUGGUGUCUCCAGAACAAGCAUGUGCUUAUUAUAGCAUGCAGGCUGCUGAACAGAGGCUUAAAGAUGCAGGUUAUGGAGAAAAGUCCUUGUUCUCUUGUGAUGAUGAUAAUGACAAUGAUGAUCAAAAGAUUGAUGACGAGAUUCGUAUGGCUCCAUGGAAUACCACAAGAGCAUUUAUUUCUGCAAUGAGAGGAAAGUGUCAGCUUGCUGUGACAGGAAGUGCUGAUCCAACUGGCUGUGGAGAAGGGUUUUCAUAUAUCAGAGUACCAAAUAAACCCAUGGCAAACAAGGAUGACUCUGCUUCAGCUGCUGCUCAGAUUCGCAAGCAAAAAACAGUGACAGGAACUGAUGCAGAUUUGAGAAGACUUUCACUAAAACAAGCAAGACAAGUUUUAAGAGACUUUGGGGUCUCAGAUGAAGAGAUUAAGAAGCUUUCUCGAUGGGAAGUUAUUGAUGUUGUGAGGACAAUGUCUACAGAAGCUGCCAAAUCUGGAGAGGAAGGAAUGAGCAAGUUUGCCAGGGGAUCCAGGUUCACCAUUGCAGAACAUCAAGAACGAUACAAAGAAGAAUGUCARCGUAUUUUUGAUCUUCAAAAUAGGGUAUUGGCUUCAAAAGAAGAACUAUCCACUGAUGAAGGUAGCAGCAGCGAUGAAGAGAGUGACAUGGAUGAACUAGGAAAGAACCUGGAGAGCAUGCUUGCAAACAAGAAAACGGCUGUGCAGUUAUCACAUGAAGAAGAAGAAGCAGAAAGAAGAGAACUUCAAAAACUAUUAAGUGAAGAUAAACCCAAGGACAAUAAUGGAAAGUCUUCUUCAGGGGAGAAACCCAAAGAUGGUUCAAGGAAGUCCAUGGAUGUUGAUGAUGAUACAACAUCUGUAAUGAGCUAUGAAUCAUCAAAUGUUGGUCGCAAGCUGGUCAUCCAGAGAAUAUUCAAAAGUCAUGAAGGAAAAGAGUUUGUAAGGAGAGAAGUUGURAAAAACCAGGCAGUCAUUGAUGCAUAUUUAAGAAUUGUAAAUAAAGAUAAAAAUAUAAGGGCACAAUUUGCAAGUGUUGAUGAAGUSCACAAAGAAGAAAUACGACGUGAAAAAAGAAGAAUCCAGGAGCAGUUAAGAAGAAUUAGAAGAAACGAAGAGAGGGAAAAACUACAACCAGUCAAGAAAAAGAAAGAAAAACCCCCAAGCAAUGCUAGCAUAAAGUUGAAAUGYGGUGCGUGUGGUGCAAUUGGUCAUAUGMGGACAAAUAAGAAUUGUCCAUUGUACCAAGACAACAAUCCCUCGUCAGUCUCUGUUGCCAUGACYGAUGAGCAGGUUGCYGAGGAAGAAUCUAACAUGCCGCAAGAUGAUCUUGUCAAAGUUGAAGGCACAAAAAUUACCCUUGGAAAAGCAUUYCUAGAAUCUACAAAUGAACUUAAAAGAAAAUCAUUGGUAUUGAGAUUUCCAAAAGAAUCUGUUCGGAAGAAAAGGCGCUCUGGUGUUAUGCACUGCGACUAUCUAAAGAGACCUCGCAAGUCUAUCAACAGAAGAAGAGCAAACCCAGAGGUUGCUCUUCAACUCAUGUUAGAACAAGUCAUCAACAAGAUGAAGGAAGUCGAUGAAAGUUGGCCCUUCCACACUCCAGUUUCAACAAAAAAUGUCCCAGAUUACAGCAAGAUUGUCAAGAAUCCAAUGGACUUGCAGACCUUACGAGAGAAUGUAAGGCACCACAAGUAUCUAUCAAGAGAGGAUUUUCUUGAGGACUGCUCACUUCUUGUUUCAAAUAGUGUCUUGUACAAUGGUCAUCAGCACCACUUGACUGCAGUUGCCCAAAACAUGCUUGAUAUUUGUACCAAAUCCAUUGCAGAGAAAGAAGAUGAGUACCUUCAGAUUGAAAAAGAAAUCAAUCCAUUACUUGGAGACGAUGCUCUGGCAUCCUUUUCAUGGAUCCUUGAGAAUAUUGUAGCACAAAUCAAAACCUUGCCUGAGUCAUGGCCAUUCCAUAAGCCAGUUAAUAGUAAACAAGUCCCAGACUACUAUGAAGUCAUCAAGAAUCCAAUGGACAUAGAAACACUUAGACAGCAAGUACAAGAAGGGAUGUAUCGUUCACGAGAGGAGUUUAUAGACAGUGUCAAGCUACUGCAUAGUAACAGUGUGUUAUAUAAUGGAGAGCAUCAUGAAUUCUCAAAGACAGCAAAGAGAAUAGUAGAAUCAUGUGAAGAGUUCCUGAAAGAGCAUGACGAUCAGUUGUCAAAAUUCGAGAGUGAGAUAACAGCAGCAAUAGCUGAUGAUGCAUCUUCAUAUAUGGCAAGUGAACCACCAUCUGUGCAGGGAGUCGACUCACUAAAUGAGAACAGCAUGGAUGGCUUCCCUGACACAAGCAAAGAAGAAGACAGUCUUCUAAGUCAUGAUGACACUGGUGAAAUGCCAGAUUCAUUUAGCGAGCUACAGGGAAGUUCUCCCAAGCAAGGUCAGAAAACGGGUGAAGAUGAAGAAAUGAUAGAUGUAGAAGGUUAUGAAGAUGAAGACAGCAUGCUGCGCAGCAUUGUCAACUCCCAAACUGACAGGCCAUUUGCUGACCUUUCACAAAAUCAAAGUUCAUUUCCAGGAAAUGAUGAUUCUCUGGCUGAACCCCCCAGUGAAACAUUAGAUAGCAUUCUGCUUCAAGAUUUACAGCACAGUGAUAGUGACGAUAGUGAAGAUGAUGACGACUUCCCAUUUGGUGAUGGUGAAGAUGAGGAAGAAGAAGAGGAAGAAAGCCAAGAUMUGUUUGACUUCUCAGGAAAUGCCGAUGAUUCUAUGGAUGCCAUGGAAACCAAUGAUGCUGAUCAGAAGCAAAGUGAUGCCAGCAAUGAUGACUCUAAUCAGUAGGGUAUCACUGUUGGAUGAGAGGAUCACUAAUGGAUCAGAKAUGUUUUGAUGCAUUCAAGUUGAUCCACUACUAAUUUUACUAGUUGACUUGAUGCACAGGCGGUCCGCCUGUUGAUGCAGAUGUUUUUUUUGAAAAUACUUCAUACACAGGUAGCCCAAAUCUUUUAAUCAGGAACCAAACAAUUAUCAACUUCAAAGUGUCCAAUUCUCUUGAAAACACACUUUUAUGCUAAUAUUUUUACUUAUUUUUUACUUUAUUUACAGCUUUUACAUUUUCAAUCAAUCAACUAAAAAAUAUCGAAGGUUUGGGCUACUUGUGCUUGAUAUUUCACAGGCAGCCCAAGCACUGCACUUGUCGGCUUUUCUCUGAAGGUCUCGUGGGGAAAAACGAAAAAUUAAAUAAAUGUAGGAAAUAUUAAUAAAAUUGCUAUUGCUUUAGAUAAUAAAUACUAGGGGACCAACAUUAAGAAAAAAGCAGUUUUUUUGACUGCAGAGAGCUGAAACUUUGUAUAGAUGUGUAAUAAAUUAAGAACAACAUAUUGUAUGAUUUUGAAUUCAUUUUAUUAAGAUUUCCUACAAUUUUUAUUUUUAUUUUUUUCGUUUUCCCCCACAAGACCAGCAGAGAAAAGCCGACAAGUGCAGUKCUUGGGCUACCUGUGGAUAUUUAUACCAGUUUAUUACAAGACAGUGUUAAAUCACAGAGAUCAUUAAUUUAUUGGUUGGAUAAUAAUACCAGGGUAAUUUGGAGCUUCAAAAAAACUAUGAAAGAAGAAUCUURUAAACACKUUCAAAGCAGAAAUCUGGAUCAAUGAACAUUAUUGAUCAUUAGUAACAAAUUAUGUCGCAUCUAGAGCCUUGAUGUAAAGGCAGGAACGAGGGAGAUAGGAGGAAUGGGAGAAGAGUCACAACUAACUUUCUCUUAUUGUGUAGAGUAAUAAAUAUAUUUGUAAAUUAUAAAAAUUUUGUAUAUAAUAUAACUAUCAAAAUAAAUUUCAACCGGAUGACAACAGUAUGUACUUUGUCAGUAUUUACAAAUAUAGUUCUGAUUUUGAUCUGA